UUCAUUCUACUCCCAACUAAAAGUCCAUAUGCUAACCCAUACCGGCGAAAAACCUUUCCAAUGUGGAAUGUGUCUGAAAAGUUUCCCAAUGAAAUCCGGCAUCGUGCGCCACAUGCCCACACACAUUGAGAAAAAACCUUUCAAAUGUGACGUGUGCUCCAAACGCUUCUUAGAACGAGCCUCCCACAAGCAGCAUAGGUUGAUUCACACUGGCGACAAGGCUUUCAAGUGUGCAGUGUGCACGAAAAGCUUCCUGCACAGAGAACAGCUGAGGCAGCAUGCGUUGACACACUCUGGGCUGAAGCUUUACAAACGCGAGAUGUGCACCAAAAGCUUCACACAGAUGUUCAGUCUGAAGCAGCAUAUAUUGGACCAUACAGGAGAAAAAGCCUUUAAGUGCAGAGUGUGCGACAGAAGAUUCAAGCAGAGCUGCACCGUAAAGCAGCAUAUGCUUGUCCACACCGGAGAGAAACCGUUCAGAUGCGAGGUGUGCCAGAAGGUGUGCUCGCAGAAUAGCAAUCUAAAGCAGCACAUGCUGGUACAUAGCGGCGAGGCGCGGUUCAGAUGUAACUUCUAUCCGGCCUAUUUCUCGUACAGUGCCAGUUUGACGCGGCAUUUGGCAGAGCAUAAUACUGACGGGCUGUUUUUCAAUAUAUUAGCUUCAAUGGCUCCAGUUGGUUUGAACAUGUUUGUGUAUGAUACCUUGUUGUAUUCUCUGUUAACAAUGUUCCUCCUUACCCUCCACAACACCGUGAAGUGCCAACCACCACACAGAGAUACGUCGAUAAGUCCAGCCAGUCACCACGUGCCUGUACUCAAAACGAAGUAUUCGGAGAUGAUUCCGCAGGCUGUGGUGGCUAAGUGCACAGCUCGUUGUUCGCGCAUUGCUGGUUGCGCCGGCGUCUGGACAAAAUCUCUGAAGACACAGAAUAACGAGUGUUACCUCUUAGCCGUUCACGACGGGUAUGAUGUCUCGAUCAGGAAAAGAGGCUCAGAGUUGACUGAGGCCGAGACGAAGGGUGUGAUGGGUAGUUGUACAGAGAAGAAACCCGGCCUGUAUGAGGAGGCGCGACAAGAGUGCUCGGGGAAAGGAGUGACGGUGUCUCGAAUUAGAAAACCAGAGGCAGGAGAUGUAAUCUGCCCAGAAGGUUUCACUUUCCUGAUGACACGGAGUAAACUACCACGAUGUGUCCCACCAGAUCCGGCUGGGAACACUGAAGUGCACAUCACCAAAAAGACUCACGCCGAACAGUAUUUGGCACCUGAUGACGCCAUAUUACACUGUGAAACGUAUGGCUCGACAUAUAAAAAGGCCAUCGUGAUGAGUACAAAGUUGAUGUACACUAAGAUGUUGUCGCAGGUUGAUGUGAUUGAGUGUCAAGCUCGUUGUUUACGCCUUGCUCGCUGUGCCGGCGUCCGGGCGCUAUAUCUGAAGAAACGGAACCACGUCUGCUACCUUCUAUCUGUUAAAUCCCCUUAUAUUCUGUCUCUCGGAACAAGAGGCGCGUGUUCUGUUCACACUGAGGAACAUGCACAUCCUGCUGUGUUUCGAGAAGUCAUUGAUGGAAACAAAGCUAGAGCUCUCCAACAAAGCAUGGAAGCAGACUCCAGUCUGAGAAGCAGCAUGACGCUCAGUCGUGACGUCCGCCGUGCCACGUGCAAUGUGUGCUCGAAAUCAUUUCUACGCCACUCUCACCUAGAACAACAUAUGCGCGUCCAUACUGGUGAAAAACCUUUCAAAUGCGAGGUGUGUGCGAAAUCUUUCAAACAGAAAGGUCAGCUGACCGUGCACCUGCACGUGCAUAGCAACGAGAGGCCGUUUAUAUGUGGCAUGUGUUCGAAAUGUUUCUCCGCUAAAUCUCAAAUUGAACGUCACGUACAGACCCAUUCUGUUGAAAAACGUUUCAAAUGUGAUAUGUGUUCACACAGUUACACAUGCCGGUCCAGACUGAUGCAGCACGCGUUGGUUCAUACGGGAGAAACGCCUUUCACUUGUGAACUGUGCACGAAACGUUUCAUGCACAGUUCGAGCUUGAAGCGCCAUAUGUGUGUACAUUCUAACGAGAAGCCCUUCUCGUGCGAAAUAUGUUUUAAAUGUUUUACGCUGAGAUCCAGCUUAAAGAUGCAUUUGUUGAUUCAUGCUGGAAAAAAGCAAUUUAAAUGUGAGAAAUGCUGGAAAGGCUUUUCACAAAGUUGCAGCUUAAAACAACACAUGGUAACUCACACGGGAGAGAAACCAUUCAGCUGCGAUAUUUGCUUCAACACUUUCUCACAAAGGGGCAGCUUGAAGAAACACACGUUAAUUCACAACGGGCAGAAACCAUUCCAAUGCCAGGUGUGUUCGAACCGCUUUACUCAAAGAAAUAACUUAAAAGAGCAUAUGAAGAUUCAUACGGGAGAGAAACCUUUCAAAUGUGACGUGUGCAAUACCUGUUUUAUAAAUAGACUCGGCCUAAGACAGCACACGCAGACCCAUACUGGUGACAGGCCAUUUAAAUGUGAAUUGUGCACGAAGUGUUUUACCCGACGCACUCAUCUAAAUCAGCAUAUGCUGAUUCAUACUGGAGAGAAACCCUUUAUGUGUGCAGUAUGUGCGAGACGUUUUAGACACAGCAACAACUUGAAAAUCCAUAUGUUGCUCCAUAAACGUUAGACCUAAUUCAUAUGUAUCAAAUUCAAAAUGUAUAUGCUGUGCCAUAAUAGUAACCUUGUUCAUAUGCAUAAAAUUUAUUGAAAACUAUUUGUUUCUCACUUCGAGUUAGACCUAGUUUCUAUAUGACAAUAAUUUGAAAAUCCAUAGGUUUAAAAUCAAUAUGUUGCUUCAUACUAGUUAAAACUACUUAGUAUGUAAGAAUUUUAAAAUUCAUAUGCUG